AUGAGCGACAGUCAGACGAAGCAGGCACCAGAUCUGGGCAUACCUGCCAGCAAGAGCUGCUGCAAGGUUGAGAUAAUCGAUACGACGACUAUCUUGACUGUCCCCGACAACUUCUUGGUCGAGCCGCAUAUUGAAGGAAAGGACUAUCUUAACCUUCCAGACUAUGCUUUCCUCCUGACCUCGGAGAAAGGGGAGAAGGUUGUUUUCGAUCUCGGCACAAGACAUGACUGGUGGAACAGCGUUCCCUCAAUCGCAGAAAUGUGCGAGAAGCAUGUUCCAGGGCUGCGAGUCGAUAAGGACGUCACUCAGGUCCUAGAGGACGGGGGAGUCAAGCUUGCCGAUUUGAAGUCUCUCAUACUAAGCCACUGGCAUUUUGACCAUAAUGGCAAUUUAUCUAGCCUACCGACCAGCGUCGACUUGAUCACUGGACCAGGAUUCAAGGACGCUUUCCUUCCAGGCUACCCAGCGAAGCAGGAAUCAGUAUUCUGGGAAGAGGACUUCAGGGAACGCAAUGUCAUCGAAGCGCCAUUCGACAUGAAGAUUGGCAAAUUCGACGCUUGGGACUACUUUUCAGACGGCUCGCUCUACGUUUUGAACGUACCAGGCCAUGCUACUGCUCACGUCUCUGCCCUCGUUCGGACCACGCCGGACACGUUUGUAUUUCUCGGUGGCGAUGUCUGCCAUUUCACCGGCGAUAUACGCCCAUCUGAAUACAUCAACAUGCCGGAGAAUAUCCCAAAGGAAGGCGAAGCACUACUAGACAAGCGCUUCUCUCGCCCCUGCCCCUGCUCGAUCUUCAUGGCUUCUCAUCCCUCACAUUCUGACAGCGAGCCAUUCUACCGAUGCGCGAGUGGAUCAUCCUCUUUCUACGUCGACCCUCCAACAGCUCAGAACUCAAUCCGUACUUUGAUUGGUUUUGACGCCAAUCCGAACGUCUGCACUUUGAUCGCUCACGAUCCGGCUCCACUGAAGGUCAUGCCAUUUUUCCCAAAUGGCACGAUCAAUGACUGGAAGGAGAAGGACUUCAAGCGUCAGAUGCAUUGGGACUUCUUAAACGAGAUACCGGCGAAAGGUGUACCCGGGAAGGAUCCGCUUGUUGAUGGACUGUACAGAAAGGGCAAGAAGGUCCGUGGUUUGGAGGUCUGA